GCUGCUGCUGAGCCCAUGCAUCGCCUGCUUAGAAUGAAAUGGGGAUCUGCCCGAAUCUGAGCAGGAGACAAGAGGGAUAGACACAAGACUCUGCAAACUUCCCCGCAACAACCCACCUACAGUAAGAGCAGCAGCAGGACCUGCAUCAUCCGCUCUGGCUGCUCCAGCUUUGUAUCUGUGGAAGAGAGAAACAAGUACAGAAGGAACUAGUAGAAGUUGAUACUGCAGCAGGGAACAGUACAGAUCUGCCUGGCUGAGAGAUGUAGAUACAUGCCUUGGUGACUUUCUAUCAGGGAUAAGGUACAGCCUUGGCAGAGCAAGGGUGCCAUCUACGCUGCCAUCAAAGGAGUGCUGCGCUAAUUCCAUGUGCUGAGGUUUCCCCUUAUAUCCCUCCUCCUCCUCCUGCCCCGGCUGAUGAGCUCUCAGGCUGCACCAGGGUCUGAAGUUGGCACCAGCUUGGAGUGCACUGGAUGGGACGCACAGCAGCCCUGAGCUUGGAGCUGAGAGUUCUAGAGUGGUGACAGAGAAAAGUACUGAGAACUCUUUCUGCCCUUGCACUCUCCUUGCUUGGUAUAUUCCUGCGGUAGCCUGGACCAUUGGGCUGGAAGUUGCCCCCUGCUGCUAACACCUCAUCUCCAUCUCUGCCCCUACACCUCCCUAGCUUUGCAUAUUCCUGGAGGAGCCUGGACCCUAGGGCUGGAAGUUGCACCCUGCUGCUAAGGAGCACCUCAUCUCCACCUCUGCCCCCGCACCCCAUCUAGAUUUGUAUAUUCCUGGGGUAGCCUGGACCCUUGGGCUGGAAGUUGCCUCCUGAUGCUGAGGAGCACCUCAUCUCCACCUCUGCCCCCGCAUCCCAUCUAGAUUUGUAUAUUCCUGGGGUAGCCUGGACCCUUGGGCUGGAAGUUGCCUCCUGAUGCUGAGGAGCACCUCAUCUCCACCUCUACCCCUGCACCCCAUCUAGAUUUGUAUAUUCCUGGGGUAGCCUGGACCCUUGGGCUGGAAGUUGCCCCCUGAUGCUGAGGAGCACCUUUCUCCAUCUCUGCCCUCCUUGGAUUUAAAACCUAUCGCAGGAAACGUUGCUUAUAUUAAGCUCACUGGAUUUACAAUUCUCUCCCAAGGAAUUAUUUUUCUAAAUUCUGGUUUCUAAACCUCUUUGGGGGUUUCUGGGGCAUGAGAUUAAUCCCUGGCACUACUUGAGUACAAUGAUUGCGCCCUUUGCUCACUUUUGCUUGCUUUGUGGAAUAAUAUGCAUCUCAUCAGGCUCACGUCUUCGUCAAGAAGAUUUCCCACCUCGCAUUAUGGAGCACCCUUCAGAUCUUAUUGUCUCCAAAGGUGAACCUGCAACGCUGAACUGUAAGGCAGAGGGCAGGCCAACGCCUUCCAUUGAGUGGUACAAAGGGGGAGAGAGGGUGGAAACGGACAAAGAUGACCCACGCUCUCAUCGGAUGUUGCUACCGAGUGGAUCUCUAUUUUUUUUACGUAUUGUCCAUGGACGCAAGAGUAGGCCGGACGAAGGGGUUUAUGUCUGCGUGGCUCGGAAUUACCUCGGAGAGGCAGUGAGUCACAAUGCAUCACUUGAAGUUGCCAUUUUGAGAGACGACUUCAGGCAAAACCCGUCAGAUGUAAUGGUGGCGGUAGGAGAACCCGCGGUAAUGGAAUGCCAGCCUCCGCGAGGUCACCCAGAACCAACGAUAUCCUGGAAGAAAGAUGGGACACCAAUAGAUGACAAGGAUGAACGAAUAACAAUACGAGGAGGAAAGCUUAUGAUCACCUACACGAGAAAAAGCGAUGCAGGAAAAUAUGUCUGUGUUGGAACCAAUAUGGUUGGAGAAAGAGAAAGCGAGGUGGCGGAACUCACAGUACUGGAACGACCAUCCUUUGUGAGGAGGCCAAGUAACAUGGCAGUAACGGUAGACGACAGCGCUGAGUUUAAAUGCGAGGCGCGAGGCGAUCCUGUUCCUACUGUUCGCUGGAGAAAAGACGAUGGUGAUCUGCCCAAAACAAGGUAUGAAAUCCGAGAUGAUCACACACUGAAAAUUCGAAAGGUAAUAGCUGGGGACAUGGGAUCGUACACGUGCAUCGCAGAAAACAUGGUGGGAAAGGCAGAGGCAUCAGCUGUAUUAACUGUGCAAGAGCCUCCCAAUUUUGUGGUGAAGCCUCGCGAUCAUGUAGUUGCAUUGGGGCGUACUGUCACAUUCCAGUGUGAGGCGACAGGAAAUCCGCAACCGGCUAUCUUUUGGCAAAAGGAGGGCAGCCAGAACCUGCUCUUUUCCUACCAACCACCGCAGUCUUCCAGCCGUUUCUCCGUCUCUCAAACCGGUGACCUCACGAUCGUAAACGUCCAGAAGUCUGAUGUCGGCUAUUACAUCUGCCAGACUCUAAAUGUGGCGGGCAGCAUUACAACAAAGGCCUAUUUAGAAGUAACUGAUGUGGUCGCUGACCGUCCUCCACCAGUUAUUCGCCAGGGUCCUCAGAAUCAAACAGUAGCUGUAGACGGCACUUUAGUCUUAAAUUGUGUGGCUACAGGAAUUCCAGUUCCCACAAUCCACUGGAGGAAGGACGGGACACUUCUAACGACACAGGACUCUCGUAUUAAACAGCUGGAUACCGGAUCACUACAAAUCAGAUACGUCAAGUUAAGUGACACAGGCCGGUACACCUGCACUGCUUCUACUCCGAGUGGGGAAGCCAGUUGGAUAGCAUACAUUGAGAUUCAAGAAUAUGGUGUUCCGGUACAACCACCUCGAGCCACUGAUCCCAAUCUUAUACCAAGUGCUCCUUCAAAACCAGAGGUCACAGAUGUUAGCAGAAAUACAGUGACCUUGUCCUGGCAACCAAACUUGAAUUCUGGCGCAACUCCAACAUCCUACAUAAUAGAAGCCUUCAGCCAUGCAUCUGGAAGUAGCUGGCAAACAGUGGCCGAAAAUGUCAAGACUGAAUCUUUUGCUGUUAAGGGCCUGAAACCCAACGCAAUCUACCUCUUCCUAGUGAGAGCAGCUAAUGCAUAUGGACUAAGUGACCCGAGUCAAAUCUCUGACCCUGUAAAAACACAAGAUGUCCCUCCUACGAGCCAGGGUGUGGAUCACAAGCAAGUCCAGAGAGAACUCGGGGACGUGGUUCUACACCUUCAUAAUCCAACCAUCCUUUCAUCCUCUUCAAUCGAAGUGCACUGGACAGUAGACCAGCAGUCCCAGUACAUUCAGGGUUACAAGAUCCUCUACAGGCCCAGCUUAGACAGUCGUGGGGAAUCUGCUUGGUCCAUAUUUGAAGUCCGCACCCCUGCAAAAAACAGCGCAGUCAUCCCUGAACUUAAAAAAGGUGUAAACUAUGAAAUCAAAGCCCGACCUUUCUUUAACGAGUUCCAGGGAGCCGACAGCGAAGUACGGUUUGCAAAGACCCUGGAAGAAGUACCCAGCGCUCCCCCUCAGGGCGUAACAAUCACUAAGAAUGAUGGAAACGGAACUGCAAUUGUAGUUACUUGGCAGCCACCCCCUGAAGAGAACCAAAAUGGUUUGGUCCAAGAAUACAAGGUUUGGUGUCUCGGUAAUGAAAGCCGGUAUCACAUUAACAAGAGCGUUGAUGGUUCAACUUUGUCAGUAGUGAUACCCUACUUAGUUCCUGGCAUCAAAUACAGUGUGGAAGUGGCGGCUAGUACCGGGGCCGGACCGGGGGUGAAGAGUGAGCCGCAGUUUAUCCAGUUGGAUUCCUUCGGAAAUCCAGUGUCUCCAGGUGACCAAGUGAGCCUCGCCCAGCAGAUAUCCGACGUGGUGAAGCAGCCGGCAUUUAUUGCCGGAAUAGGAGCUGCUUGUUGGAUCAUCCUGAUGGUAUUCAGUAUCUGGUUGUACCGCCAUCGCAAGAAACGCAGCGGACUCAACAGUACCUAUGCUGGAAUCAGGAAAGUCCCGUCUUUUACCUUCACACCAACAGUGGCAUACCAGCGCGGUGGGGAAGCUGUAAGCAGCGCCGGCAGGCCGGGUCUCUUAAAUAUUGCAGAACCUGCAGCUCAGCCCUGGCUUGCCGAUACGUGGCCAAACACCGGAAACAGCCACAACGAGUGCCCCAUUAACUGUUGCACGUCUGGGAAUGGGAGCAGUGAUAACAAUCUUGCCACUUACAGCCGACCAGCCGAUUGCAUAGCAAAUUACAACAACCAGUUGGAUAACAAGCAGACCAACCUGAUGGUGCCGGAUUCAGCUGUUUAUGGUGACGUCGAUUUAAGCAACAAAAUCAAUGAGAUGAAAACCUUCAACAGCCCAAAUCUGAAAGACGGGCGCUUUGUCAGCGCGGCUGGUCAGCCCACCCCGUACGCCACCACGCAACUCAUUCAGUCCAACAUCAGUAACAACAUCAACUCGUCCAGCGGCGACAUGGAAGAAAAACACUGGAAGCCGUCUGCUCAACACAAGCCGGAUAUUGCUCCGAUGCAGUACAACAUCAUGGAGCAAAACAAAAUCAACAAAGAUUACCGAGCCUCAGACACUAUGCCAGCCACAAUUCCCUACAACCAGUCCCAUGAGCAGAAUACCGGCGGAUCAUACAACAGCUCGGACCAUGGAAGUAGUACAUCAGGUAGUCAAGGUCACAAAAAGGGAUCUCGUGUCCCUAAGGGGUCUAAACAGGCUGGCAUGAACUGGGCGGAUUUGUUGCCACCACCACCGGCACACCCACCGCCACGUGGAGCCAGUGAAGACUAUACUCUAUCAGUGGAUGAGAGCUAUGACAGGGAACUACCUUGUCCAAUGCCGCCAACAAGAAUGUAUCUCCAGCAAGAUGAGCUAGAAGAAGAAGAUGAGAGAGGCCCAACCCCACCAAUAAGAGGUGCUGCUUCAUCCCCAGCCGCUGUGUCCUAUAGCCACCAGUCUACUGCCACCCUUACUCCGUCCCCUCAGGAGGAGCUCCAACCCAUGCUCCAGGAUUGUCAGGAGGAUUUAAGUCUUGUUCAACACCAGCUUGAAAGAAGACGACAUCAAAUAAGUCCUCCUCCACCCCCAAGACCUAUAUCUCCACCUCAUACAUAUGGGUACAUUUCUGGACCAAUCGUCUCUGAUAUGGACACAGAUGUUCCAGAAGAGGAAGGGGAUGAAAUGGAGGUUGCCAAGAUGCAGAGCCGCAGGCUUCUAUUACGUGGCUUGGAGCAGACACCUGCUUCCAGCGUUGGAGACUUAGAAAGCUCCGUCACUGGAUCUAUGAUCAAUGGAUGGGGUUCUGCCUCUGAAGAAGACAACGUCUCCAGCGGACGAUCUAGUGUCAGUUCUUCUGAUGGCUCGUUCUUCACAGAUGCUGACUUUGCACAGGCCGUUGCAGCCGCCGCAGAAUAUGCUGGAUUAAAAGUAGCGCGACACCAAAUGCAGGACGUAGCAGGCGGCCGCAGACACUUCCAUGCUGUACACUGUCCUAGACCUACAAGCCCUGUGUCCACCGAUAGUAACAUGAGCACUGCCGUCAUGCAGAAAAGCCGCCCGACCAAAAGACAGAAACACCAGCAAGGACAUCUACGGAAAGACGUCUACACAGAUGAUCUACCACCUCCACCUCUGCCCCCUCCUGCCAUUAAAUCCCCAACUGGACCAUCCAAAGCACAACUAGACAUGCGUUCUGGCAUGCCUCAGAAGUAUGCUCCUACUGAGCAAAGACUAGAUAGACCUACAGAAAGAAAGGGCGUCAACUACAGAGGAAGGGAUGGAGCGGAUACCAGGCAGCACGCAGAUGUCCGGACAAACUCUGGAGAAAGGAGAGAGUCUGUUGAGCAGCAAUUGGAUGGGAAGAUCAAAAGAGGGAAACCAGCAAGGAGAGAUGGCACGCCAACAAAAAAUCCUCAGUUACAAGAGGACAUCCCACCAUAUUGUAAACCAACAUUCCCUACAUCAAAUAAUCCUCGGGACCCUAGUUCCUCCAGCUCAAUGUCUUCAAGAGGAUCCGGUGGAAGACGGAGGACAGACCAAGGAUCAGGGCGACGGAAUGCCGCAGAGAUGCAGCUAUUAGGGACAUAUGACCGAACAGUUGAUGAAGAUGAAAUUGAGGAAACAGAAAGUUGAAGGGUGAAGAUGGAGAUGGCGGAGACGCUAUCAGAUAGUAAAUCCCUCAAGAUGCCUCAAGAUGAAUGACGUUAAGCCAGAGAUGCUGUUCAGUGCAAUCAGAAUAUACGCGCUCUUUCAUUUUAUACCCAUGAUAACAGCUGAACACACUUUUGCUUCAUUUGUUUACACCCACUUUAUAUAAGACCACCCUGAUACUGUAUUUCCCUUGCCCCUCCCCCCAAAAGCAGCACUUACCCCAGACACCGUCUUUACUGCUCCAGCCACCGAGGCCGGUAGUCAGGUCUCUGAGGUGUUGGUGCCAAGUAGGCUGCUUUAGAAAAACAGACGACAGAAGGUGCCAAGACUGGAAUCUUAAGCUGAUUGCCUAUCAAGCCGAUGACGUCUGUUGCCUAUCCAGCCCCACCAGAAAGUGUCGGAGCUCGCUGCUUCUGAAUCACCAAAGCAACCAAUGUCCAUCCGCAAUUUAAGGCAACCUUUCAACCAAUGGAAAUCCAUGCACAAAUGUCUAAUGUUUUCACGACUGAGCAUCGGAUUGCAUUAAGUGAAUAUGGGUUUAAUCAAGGAUGAUUUCAUUGUAGACCUGAAAUUACUGUUCGCAGUAUUGACUUUCAUACCCUUAGUUAUAAAAAAAAGUAUGGAGGUGAUUUCAUUGUAAAUAUGUACUUUUUUCAUACGUUCCUGUGGUACUUGUUUCCCCCAUGUCCAUCAUUAAGCGUAUCUUUGGUAUUACGUCCUAUUGAUUAUGCGGAAGUCAAGCCAGUCAAACACCUGGUGGUCUUGGGAUACGUAACAUGAAAAUCUUACAGAAAAUCAUUUAUUUUUCCAUUCAACAACAUUUGUAGGAAAAAAACGAAGAAGAAAAAACAAAAAAGUAUAACAUUUGUAAUAGACACCAAGCGAGAAACUGCUAGCGCUAUUUGUGUUAUUAUUGAAUGACGCCUCAUUACAGAGUCAAUCCAAUUUUAGAAAAAGUGCCACUUCAGGAAAUUUGGUUUGAUAUGGUUAUUUUGUAAUGCACUGUUUUGUUGGUUUUAAAAGCACAAUCACUAAACUUUAUUUUUAAACCAUUGCAUCUAUUAACCUUUUUUUUGUCUUAUUGAAAAAUGUUGAAAAAUCAUUAUUAUUAUUAUUAUUAUUAUUAUUUUUUGUUUCGUACAUGCGUUUUUGUUUAAUGCUGAGUUUAUUGUCAAACUGUAUGGAAAGAUAACAGGUGGUCAAGAGUACUUUGUUUUUUAUCUAUGGCUCAAAUAAUAAGCUGUGUGAAGUUUUUGGCUUUUAUCAUUACUGACAGGAUAGAAAGGAUUCUUUUUUAGAGGAAAGUCCGUAAAAUAAUGUUUUCUCCUUCGGGGCGUUCAGUAGUGACAAAUGCUUGUUGCACAUCUUAUUAUCUUUAUUUAUACCAUAGGGGGCACCAUCCAUGUUGUACAGUAUGUGAAACUUCUGACUAUUAAAAGGGCAGUUAGAUUUCAUCUCUGUGGUACAGGAGCUAUCGUUACGUUUUUAAUAAUCAAUCACUGAAUUUAAUAAUUGAAUUUUAAAUUGCUUGUGAAUUACUGUACUAAUUUUUUUGUGUGAGUGUGUGGUUGUGUCAGUGGGGAGUACACAUACAUUGCACAAUUAAGCUUACUAAAAGUCCGUUCUCCAUUAUUUUUUUUCAUGCUAGGUGAUUUAUUAUACAAGAAUAAUAGAGCCACAUUUCUACGAAAUUCAUGAAGAGGCUUUAAAUUGCAGAGGCGGAGCCGGGGGGUGGGAUGGGGGGCAAUAUGGUGGGGGUGUGAUGAUACAUAGACCAUCUCCUUCUGCACUCUGAUCAGUGGAUGACCGUUGCGAUCCACCAAUCAGUGUGCUGGUGAGAAACGGACAGAGGAUGCUGCCUGGCUGCUCUGAUGUGUUUAAUACAUAAGAGCAGCUGCCAGACACUUGUGUGUAGUGUGCAAGUAGGGACAUGUCCAAGGGUGCAGAGAGUUGGGUGACUACUUAACCGGGCCAGGGCUUGUUGGAGAAUCCCGGCGGGGGCCGAAUCUGCCCCCCUCCCCACUAGUUACCUGUCAGUGGAUGCAGCCUCUCUCCCCACCACAUGAUGCUGUGUGCUGUACUGUGGUGGGACCCGGGAGGCUGCAGUCUCCUCCGCCUGCAUGAUGUUGUGCAAGGGGGCGGGUGACUGCACCGAUCAGUGCUGGCCCUGGCUAAGGAGCAUGGUGCACAUCGUUGUUUCAUAUUUUUGGGGAUACGGUUCAUGACCACACCUCCAUAAUUAGGCAAUUCCCACUAGAGUACCUGGGAUUAGCUUCGCUCUCUGUGGCCCUAGAUCCACCAGUCAUUAAAUAGAAUAUAAGAUUUUUUUAUUAUUUUUUUCAUGCCGUUUUGGUGCAAUCCACAGUGGGAACAAAGGGGAUCAUUCUGACCCGAUCGCACGCUGCACUUUUUCGCAGCGGUGUGAUCGGGUCAGAACUGCGCCGGCACCGCAGAGCGACGGCGUAUGCCAGACGACCGAAGGCCAUCGGGCCGCUACGAUCGCCUCUGCCUGAUUGACAGGCAGAGGCGUUCGCUGGGCGGGGGAAGGCGGAAUGGCUGCGUUAUGGCCGCCAGAUUGUGGGCGUGGUCCGGACAACGCAGGCGUGGCCGGACCGAACGGGGGCGGGCCGCAUCAGCUGUGUGACGUCACAUGCAGCCGCUGCGGGCCGGGGAGCGAUGAGUAGCUCCCGGACAGCACGCUAAAGCUGCGCUGGUCAGGAGCUACUCUUGAAGUGCAAAGGC